UUCAUUGCCACUGUAGGCUUCAUAGAAAUAGGACGUACAAUCUGGUUUCACAUUAAGCAUACAUAAAUGGAAGUUUCAUGCUUUUGACAUUUGGUGGUCAAUAAACUAAUGUGGAUUAACUAUGCUUAAUUAUUUUUGUUAUAAAUUAUUUAAUUAAAUCAAUAAAUGUAUGAAAAGUGUGAGAAAGCAUAUAUUAGACAUUUUGACACAUAUAACAUUUAAUAACUGUUUUUGAUUUUAAAAUACUUCAAAAGCCUACCAUAGGUAGGUGGAAAUGAAAGGGGCUAUACCAGUGACAGUAGCAAGCAUGGAUUUGAUGCUCCAAGGCGAGCUCAUGUUGCCAGGCAGAAAGUCACCCAAUGGACCGCUGAUUGUGCAUGGGCAUCGCCAUAACCUCAAGAACAGAUUCGAGCUCAUACGAACACUUGGGGAAGGCACGUAUGGAAAAGUGAAGCUUGCUGUUGAGCGGUCAACGUGCGAACAGGUUGCCAUCAAAUACAUCCGAAAGUCGAAGAUCAGGGAUGAGCAUGACUUGAACAGAAUUCGGCGGGAGAUCAAAAUUAUGUCCAACAUUGAGCACCCAAAUGUGGUCAACAUUAAGGAAGUGUUUGAAAACAAGGACAAGAUCAUUCUAGUGAUGGAGUGUGCGGAUGGGGGUGAACUUUACGACUACAUCAACAACAACACGCUCACUGAUAGAGAUGCACGCAGAAUAUUCCGACAAAUUGUCUCGGCCAUCAAAUAUUGUCAUCAGAAUGGCAUAGUGCAUCGCGACCUGAAGCUUGAAAACAUACUGUUGGACAGACAUUACAAUGCAAAGAUUGCUGAUUUUGGCCUGUCCAACUAUUACACUGGUCAUGAUUUCUUGAAGACUUUUUGCGGAAGUCCAUUGUACGCAUCACCAGAAAUCGUUAAUGGUCAGCCAUACUAUGGACCAGAGGUGGAUUGCUGGAGUCUGGGGGUGGUCCUCUAUACGCUAGUCUACGGCACAAUGCCCUUCGACGGCUCCAACUUCAAGAAGCUCCGAACACAGAUCACCACGGGUGACUAUUAUGAGCCCGAUAAACCAUCAGAGGCGGCAGGCUUGAUUCGCCACUUGCUGACGGUGAAUCCAGCUAAGCGGGCCACGAUCCAUGACAUAUGCGCUCACUGGUGGGUGAACCUUGGCCACAGUCUUAUGCCCGACAACGAGCCCUACAUACCACCCAUGGUGCUUCAGCCGGUACCAGGCUUCCAGAACCAGGCCCUGUCAUCAUCCUCAUCUGAGAGUGAUGACGGGGAACCGUCUGGUAUUACAAAACCAAAGACUGCAAAACCCCUGAAAGGGAUUCUUAAGAAAUCUAAGAUGGCGGAUGAGAAAAGGCUGUUUGCGAAUGGGUUGAGUAGAGCAGCUGAAAAUAGAAGUCGAAGCAAUGAAGUGUCCGAAACUGGUUUGGAUAGAUGUGAGAAAGAAAACCCUGCAGACUGUCAGACACUGGGUGACGAUUCUGUGUUCAAUGAAGUGCCUCAAUCACAGACUGGUGCUACUCAAUCAGACAAUCAGGAAAAUAAUGAGGACCAGUCUUCAAGUAGCUCUCCGGAAAACACCUGCAGUUCAAGCAAGGUGGAAUCUUCUCAAAGUGCCAAUAAAAUCCCUUUUAAUUCACAAGUGCAGCCAAAGCGUGGUAUACUAAAGCGCAAAGGCAAAUUCAGUGCUGGUGACAGUGGAUGCGAUCUCAACGACUCUAUACGCAAGGAGAGUAUGACACUGACAGUGCGACCGAUGGAUCUCAGUGACGGAGAUUCCGCAUUAGACUCCCCGGACAAUGUCAACAAAUUUGGUGCACAGCCGAUAGUUGUCGGUGCUAGAAUUUCUAAAGGUGCUUUUAACUUUCCGUCAAACGAAUCCUUGGCAAGUAACGCCACUCUUGUUACAACAGCUAGUGGGAUGGCAAGCCUUGUGGUCCCGAGACGCAAGGGGAUCUUGAAAAACUCCAGUCGGGAUCCAGAUAAACGUCUAAGUGCUUGCAGUAUUGGCUCAAAUUCUUCCGCAGACUUUUUGGACCUGUCGUAUGACAGUAGUGAUGACAUUCUAACAAAAUUCGUUAAAAAUCCAUCUGUCUGUGCACCUCUGAACAUUGGCUUCGAAGUGCAGGAAAUUCAUACGGAAAGGUGUGAGGUGUUACAGACUGAUGUCAUAGACUAUGCAGAGGCCAAAGUUGUGUACCAGAAUGCCUUAGAAAUCUGCAAGAAUCUUUAAAGAUAUCUCUCAAUAUUCUAGUCCUAAGAUUUGUGUUGCUAUGUUUUUGUAGUGAUAUGUACUACCUUAUUGCGGCAUCGAGUCAAACUCAUUAUUGAAGUAUGUAUAAUUCAAUCAGAAAUAAUGAGAAUGAAUCAUUAAUUUUAGCAAGCCAUUAAGCUCUGACUUCUUUAGAACACUCAUUACAUUUGAUCCAUUUUAGCAACUGGUGUGCAUUUAGAUGUUUAGCUUUAAGCUCAAGUGAUAUUAUUUUUUCAUAAUCAAAUUGUAUUAAUUUCCAGUGUUGAACACUUAAACGUUUACAUAUCAAUGAAAAUAUACCUUAUUUAUUGUUGUACAUGAAUUGAUGCAUAAAUUAUGAAUGUGAUGCAAAGUUUGUAAAACUUCCACUUGACAUGUGCCUCUAUAUAAAGUGAAAUCUUGUUGAUGAACAAAAACUAUUUAAUUCAUGACUUUAAUUCGUGUAUCAUUGAUUUAUGUACUAGGUCAGUUGUACUACAAUGUACAUUAUAUACGUCAAAUAAACAUGAAAAAAGAAUUAAAUUGUAAUAUUUAAAUUCUUUUGUUCACUUAAUGGCUUUGAAAUUAGUAUCUUUACCCUGCAUUAGCUAUUUUAAGUGAAACUUGGUCUUGAUAGUAAUUUUAAUCGCAAUCUAAUCUGUGGCUUAAAAUACGGGAUUGUUUCAAAUAAAGACAAGUUCACUAGAUGUUCAUGUUUUGUUUAACUGUCUGUAAAACGUUGCAAAAAAUAUGUUACUCUUUUAACUAAAGGUUUAGCAGUAAAUUGGUGGAAUACUGUGAUACUUUUUAUUGCCUACACAGGUUAUGUUUUAAGUUUAAGUUUUGAAGUUAAAUAGAUUGUAAUACUUGAAAAAAAGUCAAACUUAUUAUGCUAGAUUGAAUUAAAACGCUCAUAUUUAUUGCAUUUACCUCUGAACGGACAUCAAAAUUAUCUUUACUAAUAUGUUUAUAUCAUUAAACUAAUUUUCAAACUUGUAUAGACUUAAACAAGAAAAAGCAAAUCUAAGCUGUCAUAUAAUCUUUACACUUAAUUUAUUUUUGUUUAUAUCAUAAGGUCGACACAUAUUUUUAUACUUAAUAGUUCAAAACUGCCUUUGUUUAUUUGUCUGGGAGAUUGCAAUCUAGCCUGAUUGAAUGCAUUUAACUGAAACUGUGCGGCAAGUCUUUUGUAAGCGGUAAUUGGAUGCCGUAUCUAUGUGAAGUGAUUAAUCGCAGCUAGUUUGCCUUAUGACUACAAGAAACCGGGCAUGAACAGUUAGAUUAAAUUGUGAAAGCUAAUAGCCUAUUAAAGAAUGUAAAAUUCCUAUGAUAUGUUCUCACUCAAGGUGACUAAUUUUCAAUGACUGUGCAACUCUUUAUUACCUUGUACAAGCAGGACACAUAAUCACUUGACAAUUGCUCUAAUUGCAUUGUGGUUUUUUUUUAAUUAGAUUCAGAUAUGACAAUAUAAAACAAAGAUGUUAAGCCAAGAUCAGAGUGAGAAACCACUGUUAACUGAAAUAAGUUUUUCUCUGGCAAAACAGGCCUUAAUGCACGUGUGUAAAGUGUCAUCCCAGAUAAGCCUCUGCAGUCUGCACAGGCUAAUCAGGGACUACACUUUCCUCAUAAGCUGGGUUUCACUUCCUUAAGAAAGUAGAGACUUCCUUUGAAUGAAAAAUACCCCAAAUUGGAAAGUGUCGUCCCUGGUUAGUAUGUGCAGACUGCACAGGCCUAUCUGGGACCACACUGCACAUGCACAUGAAUAAAGAUUGGUUUUGCCAGAGAAAAGCUCAUUUCAGUUCACAGUGGUUUCUCACUCUGAUCUUGACUUUCCUAGGCUUGAGUAUGUUUUCCUAGAACGGGGUUCAUAUGUAUUGAUUUUAACUGCUCGAGUAACUUCAAACGUUUGAAAUAUUUAGAUCUUCUUGAUUAUUACUAAAUAACAACUGUGUUUGUAACACCUGCAUUCAGUUGUGUUUGUAUUUCAUGUAUGCAAAUCACCCAGUUAGCAGCAGAUUUAUUAAGUUAAUAUUAUUAAUUUACAAAGUGACUUCAACAAAGUGCCUUUAUUACAUGCAUUAUUUUACUAAACUUCAUAAUUGAAUCCUGGUUUCAUUUUAAUAAUAUUUAUCAUGUUAACCGUCUUGGACAUUUUAAUUGUAUUUUGUCAUUGUGGCGCCUUAAGUGUACAUGUAUACAAUUGUAUUUUGCUGUUUAUAUUACAUGUUAUUUAUUGUGAAACACGUUGCCUUGACUUACUAAAUAAAACUGAAACAUCUAAAA